AGGAUCGAAUUUCCUGAACCGUCAUAGCAGAGGCAAACAAACUUACACAGCAAAUCAAUUCCUAAUCACGAAAUUUUCUGCCUCUUCAUCACGCUUUCCCUUCAAUUUUAAUGAUCCCUUCCACGUCUCAAACUGCAUAUUUUCCUUAGAAAUUCACAGGAUGAGUUCAUUAAGAAAUUAACCCAUAAAACCACCUGCACCAACCUUAUCAUCAUCCUCAUCAUCAUCACAACAGAUUGGUUUUAAAUGGGUGGCCAGCAAAAGAAGAUUGGUCAAAAAGUAAGGAAUGAGAUUAUGGGUUUCACUGUUUCUCACAAGCCUGCAGGGCUUGACCUCAUGCAGAACUGUGAUCUUCCUCCACCUUCCAAGUUUUUUAUGGGUCCAGACAAGACUGUCAUAUUGUCCAUGAACAAGGUCUGCAACAUUGCAGGUGAAGAACAAGAUCAAGAUAGCAAGUACUUCCACGGUUAUGCGAUUAAAAACAGUGGUGAUGAAGACAGGGAUAAAAUGGAGCUUCUAAAGGCACUGCAAGCAUCACAAACGAGGGCAAGAGAGGCAGAAAAGAAGGCUACAGUUCUGAGGAAAGAAAGGGACGGUCUUUCAAUCGCGUUGCUGGAAGAGGCCAUGCAGUUGUUUGCUUGUCGUCAACAGGUGAGAUUGCUUGAGGUUCAAGUUCUCAACUUGCAAUCCAAUGAAGAUGGCGACGAUGAAGAGACUAGUGUCGCACGGAUUCUAGCUUUGAUUCUUUCACUGGGAAUUGGAGUCACCACUGCCCUUGCUUGCAGAUACAAGUUUUGAACAAUUUGGGUUCAGUGGAUACAUGAAACAAAAUAUGCAUAUACAAUUUUUUGCUUUGUAUUUAUACGCCAAUGUAAUUUGUAACCAACUAUAUAUAUUACUUUGUGCCAAA